AUGGUUGACUCUUUCAUCCUCGACGACCGUAGCGAGGGAGUCACCGGCACCGGCUGGUUGACGGGCUCGUACAAGUAUUGUGAAGAUGCGAACGGGGGAGGCCUUUCGUGGCACCACGACGAUGGCCAGAACAAGGGCCGUGUCAGCGCCGUUUACUCCUUGAGCGGCCGCAACACGUCCGGCUGCUUCGCCGUCUCCGAGUGGCACCCUGGCGGCGAGUCCUGCUCGAGAUACCUGCCGAGUCGCGUCCCAAUCACUCUGACGCAUGGUAGCCCGGCUGACCCGACCGUCACGCACGUCUUCAUUGAUCAGUCACAUAACGGCGGGGGCUGGAACCCGCUCGGCUUCUUCUACUUCGCCCAAGGCUUUGGGCAGGUCGUCUCCUCAAACGCUGGGACCGACCAGUGCGACCGCAGCGUCUGCUAUUGGGUCACCGACGCGUUCAAGUUUGAGCGGGCUCCGAGCGACGCUUGCCUCGCCAACCCGCCGCCCCCGCCCGCCGGUCCUCGGCCAGACGCGUCAGCCAGAGCGUGCUGCGACCCGACGAUGGCCGAACGGUUUGGUGGCUCGCGAAUCGUCACGCUCCUCUCCUGCCUGGUGGUCUUUGCGAUGAUCGCACUCCUCGCGAGGCGCUGGCUGCGCAGGCGCCGCCGCGCUGCAGGCGGCGGCACGAGCGGUGGCGCCGGUGGCGGAGGCGGUGGCGGAAGCGGAGGCGGAGGCGGAGGCGGCGCCACAGAGCUCGAGCUGUCUACGGCGGUCGCAGCGCUGCCGACGGCGAGCUGUGCGGCGGGCGAGACGGGCGAGGAUUGCGCAAUCUGCUUAUGCGCUUUUGCCGAAGGAGAGAAGGCGACCACGCUGCCAUGUGGGCACCGAUACCAUACGGCUUGCAUUGAGACGUGGCUGCUCGGGCGCGGCGGCGGCGGCCAGGGUCCAAACAUGUGCCCGCUCUGCAAGGCCCCAGUCGUCAUCGUCAUCGGCUCCGGCGAUGCUUCGCCUUUGGGCCGCGUGAGAGGCUUGGCACUCCCGACUGCGAGCCGCCGGGUGAUGCUCGCAGCGGCCCCCUCCGUGAGGGCCGGUAGUGACGCUGGUGGUGCAGCGGUGUAG